CCCAGCCCCGGUGGGCAGAAACAGCCAUUGCAGCCUCUGACUUCAGAUGGAGGAGGAGGCUGAUUUACAAGGCAGAUCGACUGGGCCCCUGACUGAUGCUCUGAGUCCAGCUAGUGCCACCCUGUAGCCUAUAAGAGCACCACCCCGACUUCCGGACCAGUACUGGGCGGGUGACAUGUGAGCCCAGCCUAGCUUCCCCUCUAGUUCACCCUCCUUCCUUUUCUCCUCCUGUCCUCUGGAGAGGUUUGUCCAAUCUCUCCAAAGAGGGAGACCCUUGGCAUCAUGUCUUUGCUCAACCCUGUUCUCUUGCCCCCUAACGUGAAGGCAUAUCUGAGCCAAGGGGAGCGCUUCAUCAAGUGGGACGACGAAACUUCAAUAGCCUCUCCUGUUAUCCUCCGUGUGGAUCCCAAGGGCUACUACUUAUACUGGACAUAUCAAAGUAAGGAGAUGGAGUUUCUGGAUGUCACGAGCAUCCGAGACACUCGCUUUGGGAAGUUUGCCAAGAUACCCAAGAGCCAGAAACUCCGGGAGGUCUUUAACAUGGACUUUCCAGACAACCACUUCCUGUUGAAAACACUCACAGUGGUAUCCGGCCCUGACAUGGUGGACCUCACCUUCCACAACUUUGUCUCUUACAAGGAGAAUGUAGGCAAGGACUGGGCUGAGGAUGUCCUGGCUCUCGCCAAACACCCAAUGACAGCCAAUGCUCCCCGAAGCACAUUCCUGGACAAGAUCCUGGUGAAGCUUAAAAUGCAGCUCAAUCCUGAAGGAAAAAUUCCUGUGAAGAAUUUUUUCCAGAUGUUUCCUGCCGAUCGCAAACGUGUAGAAGCUGCCCUCAGUGCCUGUCACCUUGCAAAAGGCAAGAAUGAUGCUAUCAAUCCCGAGGACUUCCCAGAAUCUGUGUACAAGAGCUUCCUCAUGAGCCUCUGUCCUCGGCCAGAAAUCGAUGAGAUCUUCACUUCUUACCAUGCUAAAGCUAAACCCUACAUGACCAAGGAGCACCUGACCAAAUUCAUCAAUCAGAAGCAGCGAGACCCUCGACUCAACUCCUUGCUGUUCCCACCAGCCCGGCCUGAGCAGGUGCAGGUGCUCAUUGACAAGUACGAGCCCAGCGGCAUCAAUGUGCAGAGGGGCCAGCUGUCGCCAGAGGGCAUGGUCUGGUUUCUCUGUGGACCAGAGAACAGUGUGUUGGCCCAUGAUACUCUGCUGACCCACCAAGACAUGACACAGCCACUGAAUCACUACUUCAUCAACUCUUCACACAACACCUACCUGACAGCUGGCCAGUUUUCAGGUCUUUCCUCGGCUGAGAUGUACCGCCAGGUGCUGCUGUCUGGCUGCCGUUGUGUAGAGUUAGACUGUUGGAAGGGAAAGCCCCCCGACGAAGAGCCCAUCAUCACCCAUGGCUUCACCAUGACCACAGAUAUCUUGUUCAAGGAAGCAAUCGAAGCCAUUGCAGAAAGUGCCUUUAAGACCUCCCCAUAUCCUGUCAUCCUGUCAUUUGAAAACCAUGUGGACUCACCCCGCCAACAGGCCAAGAUGGCUGAGUACUGUAGGACCAUGUUUGGAGAGACCUUGCUCACAGAUCCGCUGGAAAACUUUCCUCUGAAACCUGGCAUCCCUCUGCCCAGCCCUGAGGACCUCCGGGGCAAGAUCCUCAUUAAGAAUAAGAAGAACCAGUUUUCUGGGCCAGCCUCCUCCAGCAAAAAGCCUGGUGGGGUGGCCGAGGGCAGCUUCCCGUCUAGUGUCCCUGUAGAAGAGGACACAGCAGGGUGGAGUGCUGAGGACCGGACUGAGGUGGAGGAGGAGGAGGUGGUGGUGGUGGAAGAUGAGGAAGAAGAGGAGUCAGGAAGCCUGGAUGAAGAAGAAAUUAAGAAGAUGCAGUCGGAUGAGGGCACAGCAGGCUUGGAGGUGACAGCUUACGAGGAAAUGUCCAGCCUUGUCAAUUACAUCCAGCCAACCAAGUUUAUCUCCUUCGAGUUCUCUGCACAGAAGAACAGAAGUUACGUUGUCUCUUCCUUCACGGAGCUCAAGGCCUAUGAGCUGCUCUCCAAGGCCUCCAUGCAGUUUGUGGACUAUAAUAAACGCCAGAUGAGCCGUGUGUACCCGAAGGGCACACGCAUGGACUCUUCCAACUUCAUGCCCCAGAUGUUCUGGAAUGCUGGAUGUCAGAUGGUUGCCCUCAAUUUCCAGACAAUGGGUUGCACCAUCCUCACCGCAUCCUCUCGUCCCCCAGACCUGCCCAUGCAGCAGAACAUGGCACUGUUUGAAUUCAAUGGGCAGAGUGGCUACCUCCUAAAGCACGAGUUCAUGCGCAGGCUGGACAAGCAGUUCAACCCCUUCUCCGUGGACCGCAUUGAUGUGGUGGUAGCCACCACCCUCUCCAUUACGGUCAUCUCUGGGCAGUUCCUGUCAGAGCGCAGUGUGCGCACCUAUGUGGAAGUAGAGCUGUUCGGCCUCCCAGGGGACCCUAAAAGGCGCUAUCGUACCAAGCUGUCACCUACUGCUAACUCCAUCAAUCCUGUCUGGAAAGAGGAACCCUUCAUCUUUGAGAAGAUCUUGGUACCUGAGCUAGCCUCCCUCAGAAUAGCUGUGAUGGAAGAAGGCAGUAAAUUUCUUGGACACCGGAUCAUCCCCAUCAAUGCCUUACAUUCUGGAUACCACCAUCUGUGCUUGCGCAGUGAGAGCAACAUGCCCCUCACCAUGCCUGCUCUCUUCGUCUUCCUGGAGAUGAAGGACUACGUACCUGACACGUGGGCAGACCUCACUGUGGCCCUUGCCAACCCGAUCAAGUACUUCAGUGCCCAUGAUAAGAAGUCCGUGAAGCUCAAGGAAGUGACCGGAAGUCUGCCUGAGGCCACCCUCACACAGAAGCCCUUCUCCUCUGGGGUUCCUGUUGCCAGCCAGUCCAAUGGGGCUCCAGUCUCAGCAGGCAAUGGAUCAACAGUACCUGGGACCAAGGCCAAGGAGGAAGCCAGGAAAGAAGUGGCAGAACCACAGACCGCCAGCUUAGAAGAGCUGCGGGAGCUGAAGGGCGUGGUGAAGCUGCAGCGGAGACACGAGAAGGAGCUCCGAGAGCUCGAGCGGCGUGGAGCCCGGCGCUGGGAGGAGCUGCUGCAGCGUGGCGCUGCACAGCUGGCGGAGCUCCAGGCCCCAGCAGCAGGCUGCAAGAUCCGCCCGGGCAAGGGCUCCCGCAAGAAGAGGACCCUGCCCUGUGAGGAGACCAUCGUGGCGCCUAGUGAGCUCCCCGAGGGAGCGGACCCGCGCGUGCAGGAGCUGAAGGACAGGCUGGAGCAGGAGCUGCAGCAGCAAGGCGAGGAGCAGUACCGCUCUGUCCUCAAACGCAAGGAGCAGCACGUGACCGAGCAAAUCGCCAAGAUGAUGGAGCUGGCCAGAGAGAAACAGGCUGCUGAACUCAAGACCUUCAAGGAGACCUCAGAAAUUGACACCAAAGAGAUGAAGAAAAAACUGGAGGCCAAGAGGCUGGAACGGAUCCAAGCCAUGACCAAAGUCACCACAGACAAGAUGGCCCAGGAGAGGCUCAAGAGAGAAAUUAACACCUCCCACAUCCAGGAAGUGGUCCAGGCUGUCAAGCAGAUGACAGAGACCCUGGAGCGUCACCAGGAGAAGCUGGAAGAGAGGCAGACAGCUUGCUUGGAGCAGAUUCAGGAGAUGGAAAAGCAGUUCCAGGAGAAGGCUCUGGCUGAGUAUGAGGCCAAGAUGAAGGGCCUGGAGGCUGAAGUAAAGGAGUCAGUGCGGGCCUACUUCAAGGUCGGCUUCCCCGCUGAAGCAGAAGACAAGCCUGAGAAGCCCUGUGCGGCCUCUGAGGAGUCGUGUCCAGAGGAACCACUUGUGAACAAGGCAGACAUUCAGGAGAGCCGCCUCUGAUGCCAGCAUCUCACUUUGACAUUUUAGCAAGGAUAUCCACACCCUUCUCUGGAACAUGGUCCCAUUUCCCAGCGGAAAAGGACCUUAAUACUCUGGGGCUGUGGGAGCCUGGGGCUGCCUUGGCUGCUGUGGCCCCCCUUCUCAGACAGAUAAGGCAGAAAUAAGAGACUAUCAGGGCAAGAGUCCCCAUGGAACCUGAAUCUUUUCUAAGAUGGCUUCUUCUGUCUAUCCCACCUGUAGUGCCAUGAACUCAUUGAAGGCAAAGGAAUAUGGACUAAGAGAGAGGAAAUUGGGCCCUGGCCUCCCCUCUGCCUUUCCUGACUUACAAGCAGGGGCUCUCCACUUGGAGCUCAGUUCUCUCCUGGACGCUUGGCUUUGCACCCUGGAACCUUCACUCUUGUGGACAUGGCUCCAGCAGGACCAGGCCUCCUGCCUUGAUGCUUGCCUUGAUGCAGUACCUUACACAGGCUUCUAGGCUGCAUCUUCGGCUGCCCUGAGUACAGAGCAUUGCUAACUUCUUAAGGAAGAGCCUGGCACUGCCUCGGAGCUCUCUGGGAAUGGCUACUUCCAGAAUGGCAGCAAAGGCCCCUGCCCUCACCUCUUGCUUAUGGGGAUAGAUGGCUACAUGGGGAAGCUUUCUCCGCUGCCCCUUGAUUGAUCAAGUACUGGGGGCUUGGGGCUAUGCCUGCUGACAAAGGGAGACUAGCUUCUCAUGUGCUCUCUCUCCAACUCUGAAAUUGGUUCACUCUCUUUUCUGGAUCUGGGUCUGGCACUUCCUAGCAGGUGUGCCACCAGUAUUAGGUCAGGGCUUGAGUUCAUCAUCAUUUUCUUUACUGGAUUUAUAUGGUUUAUUUAUUUUUCUCCUUCCUACCAAACCCAGAAUCUCCCGCCUUAGACUGGCCUCUAUUCUCCAGUUAGGAAAAGACAAAGGGAAGUGGAAGGCCUCUGAAGUGAAUGGGUACCUUGGGAGCUGCAGGAAGGGCAAAGGCCUUUCUGGGGCCCUGUCAAAUUGCCCUGCCUCUGGCUUCUCUGUCUGCUGGCCCUGAUGGCAGAACCCUUAGAAGAUGAUGUUACUCUCUCUUCUCCACACCCCCACAGAUGUGCCCUUCCCUUGUUUCCCCUGACCAGGACUGGAGCAGAAGAUUCCAGUACAAAAGUGCACCCACCCUCUUGGUAAACCCAAACCUUUGAGUUGUCUGGGUCUCUUUAGGAACACCUAGCGUGACCACACAUACAGGGACCUGACCCUGCUGUGGUUGAUUCCAAUAAACUUUCUGGAGGCAUA